AUGGUACGAGCACAAACAUCUCAAGCCAAUUUGGCUGCCCUAGCCGCACGCAACUCAAAUACAGUUCGCCGACGUGCUGCUCAACAAGCGGCUACAAGACCGAACAGUACCCGUGCUGCAGGCGCAGGAGGCAGUUCGAGCACAAUGAUGAAAUUAUACACAGAUGAUAACAAAGGUCUUACAGUUGAUCCCGUCGUUGUUUUGGUAUUGGCAAUCUCGUUCGUUUUCUCUGUGGUGGUGUUGCACGUCGGAUCAAAAUUGGCACGUAUCUUCCUAAAGUGAAAGGCAAGGCCAUCCAUUCAUUACUAGUCUCAAAUCAGUGCUCAGAAAGCACUUGUAUUCUUGUACGACAAUAUCAUUUGAUCAUCUCAAUUCCAGAAGGAAAGCUAAAUAGUGCAAGUGUGUACAACAUUAACAAAAAAAAGAUACAUUCAACAUGAAUAUGCGCUUAACAAAAGUCGUACAAAGGAAUUGAUUCCGGUGAAAACCAUCAGUGCCACUUCAAGAAAAGAGGAGAGAUAGAUCAUUAUGGGAGUGUUGAUGUGGGAUCUGUGUUAUAUCGUAUAAGCAUUACACAUGGCCUUGCGUGAAAAUCUGCCGCACUUCUUAUUUCUGACCACCUGCUCCUUGGCCUAAAAGUGCCAUAAGAUGCGCUGCACCUUGGUUAUCAGU